UACUGUGUGCACUUUCAUAUCACUCUAUAGGUAUGUCUGAUUUCCAAUACUUGGUAAUGCAUUCAGAGCCAGACGGUAAACAAACAUCAAUGUAUGACAAAGUCUUGAUGCUCAAGCCAGAAAAAGAAGAUUUUUUUAUGAAUGAGCUACCACUUUAUAUUCCUCCACCCAUUUUCUCACGCCUGGACACUCCUAUUGAUUAUUACUAUCGGCCAGAUGUGCAACACAGGGAAGGCUACCACAACCCUCCACUUUCUAGCGAGAACCUGAUUGGUCUCAGCAGGGCACGUCGACCUCACAACGCCAUCUUUGUCAACUUUGAGGACGAAGAGGUCCCCUCGAAGCCAUUGGACGCAGCAGAACAGACCUGGAAAAGAAUCUGCACCAACGCUGUGGAUCACCAAGCAGAAGAAGAAAUGAAGAAACUUUUUGAACUCCGUCCUGUGUGGUCCCGCAAUGCAGUGAAAGCCAACGUCAGCGUUCACCCCAACAAACUCAAACUUCUUCUACCCUAUUUAGCAUAUUACAUGCUCACGGGUCCCUGGAGAAGCCUAUGGGUUCGCUUCGGUUAUGAUCCCCGGAAGCACCCUGAAGCCAAAAUCUAUCAGGUCCUGGAUUUCAGAAUUCGCUGCGGCAUGAAAUACGGGUACACCCCAAACGACAUGCCGGUGAAAGCAAAACGCAGCACGUACAACUACAGUCUCCCUAUUACUCUAAAAAAACCAGGAAGUCAUCCACUUAGCAUCCAAGACCUAAAACAGGGGCUGAGCACAUCCGGGACAUCCAGUGCAAAAUCCCAAGUUUUUAGCAAAUACAAACUUAAAGAUUCCAUUUAUAUCUUCCAGGAAGGGUCUCUGCCCCCUUAUCGACAGAUGUUCUACCAGCUGUGCGACUUGAAAGUGGAAUGCUUGCAGAAGAUCAUCCACCGAAAUGACGGCAUGGAGGCGGCCUGUACGGAACGGGACGGCUGGUGUCUUCCAAAGACCAGCGACGACCUGAGGGAUGCUAUGUCGCUGAUGAUAAGGCAGAUUAUCCGGUCCCAAAGGCCAGCUCUGUUCAGAAGCCCUUCCAGUGCCACAGAGGGAAAAGAACAGCUGGCUUUUGAAUCUGGCGAAGAGGAAGAGGAGGAGGAAGAAGAGGAAGUAUUCAAGCCUUCAGACGGGAGUGAAAAUGAAAUGGAGACCGAAAUUCUGGACUACGUGUAAUGCUACGGAGCCGACGGGCUGGACUGGUUCUUGGGGGAGACGUUUGUGUUGCUGAUUUCUUUGGAGGAGACGCAGAAAGAAAGAGAUCAACCUACAGGCUGCAUUGUGUCUUUGACUUGACCGGCUUGGUGCAGAAGCGUCGUUCAUAAAUUGUAUCUAGCAGCAAUUUUCUUUCUUUUUUCCUAAAGAGCUCAGCGACAGUUAGAUUUUGCCAUCCUUAGAUGCAUUCUUAGAUGCAACCGCUGGGUUCAGAUGCAGAUAUGAAACCCGCACUUUGGAGAAUUCCUCUGGCAUUUCAACAGAUCUACAGUCAUGGACCGAGCCCGUCUCAUUCCAGUUUUGACUCAUGAAGUCUUAUUCAGGAUUGGCCAUUGCAGAACUCUCAAGCAAGCCCUGAUGAUUAUCUCAGGCCUUCAGAACUGGCAAGCAAAAUUACCCUUCCAUGCUUACUAUGGUUGAGUUGUUCCUGCUCUUGUCAAACCUAAGUAAUUUGCAAUUUGUUUCAUGAAGCCAUGAGAAAAAUCUCUGUGAUUCUGUUGUUUGGGUUUUUGUGGGGCAUCUGAGAAGCAAAUGAUUUCUAAGAUUUCUAAACUAAGGGAUUCCCACUGUCUUGUUCAGCAGGAGAGAUGUCUUUUUCAGCUUGAGUGCGAGUAAAGGAAUAGAUCUGUGCCUUCAAAAUAUUUUAAGUGAGAUUUGUUUACAAGGCUGCUCGGAAGCAACUUGGAGGGGCUUUAUUUGAAAUCUAAUUUGGAGCUAGCCGCCUUUGAGGACACCCCCCUGCUCCAUGCAGGAUCUGGGCAAGAAUGUAGGAGUGAUACAAGCCCCACAUUUUGUUCCCAACUUAAGAAGGAACGCGAAAAAAUUCCAAAACGUAUCUUCAGAUUUGGUAUUGCAGAAGCAGAUGACUUCAAAAUACAUCCUAUAUCCUUGUGGAGGGCUGAUAAUUAAAAAAGAAGUCAUUUUUUUCCCCCUAGUUCUUCUAAACUUUUUUAUGGCUUGUUUCUAGGAGAAAGUUUUAUUUAUUUUCUGCCGGGGUCGGGGGCUGUACAUGUGAGAGUACCAGCUGGUGGAUAGAGAGAAGUUCGAGGGGAAGAUAAUUUUUUUCCAUUUACAGCAUUUACCUUGGACGUUUCUCCGCAAAAGUUGGCAGCAAG